AUGACCAUCACUGGCUACUUCUUGAACACACUACGUUCAGACUACCUGCCCACCAACAUCUCGGCCAAGUACCAAUGUGACUUUCAGUUGUCAUACUACUGGGAUCGCUAUACCUACAAGUAUCAGUUCAACGCCACGUCCAACCCAAACAACAAUCAACAACUGGUACUUGUCUAUCCCCAAGGUGUUGGCAACCUCACCGGUCAGCUUGCCAUCGAUGGAGUCAACGCCACCGGUAUCUUCACACCCAACUAUGGCAACAUCACAGUUGUGUCCUAUGAGCAACCCGACGUCAACAGUCCCAAGACCAUGGUGAUGACUGUUACCAACUUUGUUUCAACUCUGAGUUGGAUCCAGUACUACCCUACAUCGAGCAGUAGUUCCAACUACCGAUUGGACCUUAAGUGGAUCAAUGCAACCUCAUUCAACUUCACGCUCGAGCCAUCGAUCUACAGUGGCUACACCUACUUGUUCCACUCACCCGAGCGUAUCAGACUGAUCUCUGGCAACUAUCAACCUGAUGUGAUCAUCUAUCCAAGGUCAUCACUCAAUGUGCUAAGAGGUGUAUCGACCAAGGGUGGGCUGCUCCCAGUCAACGCAACUAUCUUCUCAAUGCUAAAGUCAUGUACCAUUGGCAGCAAGACUGUUGCUGGUCCGUUCGAUGGCAACAACAUCACUAUCCCUGCUGGUGUCGGACUACAGGUGCCACUCAAUUGCAAUGACUCUGUUGGCAAUGCUCUGCUCACCACUGUCUACUUUAAUUAUGGUCCAUUGAUUGGUGCUAUCAACCCAGUUGGUAACAAGUUGGCGAUCACUGGUGUCAACUUCCCUCAGUCAACAUUCAUCAGACUCUUGCAAGAUGGAACCCAACUCAAUGCCACCUCAGAGUCCACUCCAACACUUGCCAGCUUUGUAAUCUCACCUCUCACUCCCAUCACUGGUACACUCAACCUCACCAGCAGUGGUAUCACAGUUGGACCCUACCCAUACAAGGGCAAGCCUUGGAUUGACUCCGUUGUCAUCUCACCCAUCUACUCGCCCAGCACCAUUGUUGAUGAUGCAGUCCAACUUACAUUCUCUGGAUGUUUCCUCAACAUUGGUACCUACAACUACAGCGUCACAGUUGGUUCGACAACAUGCAUUGAUGUCAAGAACUUUGGAAAUGGUCAACUCACAUGUGUCAUCCCAAUCCCAUCGACACUUCCCUCGUCCCUACCCGUUGUCAUAACAAUCAACUCAAUCUCAAACGACCCUUACACACUCCAAAUACCCUUGUCAUCACCUUCAAUCACCUCCAUAACACCCAACUACACACUAUCAUCCACAAUCAUCAAUGUACAUGGUAAUGUCAAUGGUGCCCUCUUGGUCAAUUCAAAUGGAUUCAUUCAACAAUCAUGCUCCCAAGUCUCACCCAGAUUGAUCACUUGCACUCUCAAUGGACCAGAUCUGUCAGGCAGUGUCAAGGCCUACAUCCUCGGUCUCUACUCUGCUCCAAUCUCGUUCAACUUCAACUCAACAAUCACUGGUAGUUCAUUCAUCAACGAUGGAUCAUCACUCACAAUCACUGGUAAUCAGUUCUCGCCAUAUGCCUACUUCACAAGACAAGGUGUCAACAACUUGUAUCCAACAUUUGUGACCUCCAACUUGUUGGUGAUCACCCUUCCACCUUCGUUCCAGUCUGGAUCAUUCAACGUCGCCUCUUCAGGAUACCAAUCAAACUCACUCAUGCUCACACUUCAACCAAAUAUAUCAACACUCUCAUUUGAUCAGUAUGGCAUGUUGAUCACCGGUCAAUACCUUGACUUGAAGUCUAGUGAUAGCAAUCCACUUCCAUUCAACCUAUCCGUCAACUCAGUCCCCUUGACAGUUGUGUCGUUCAGCUCAAACCAGAUCAACUUCACAAUCCAACGCCCUCUUUCCAGCAGCAAUGGUACACCACUUGCAAUGAUCACAAAGUUGUCUGUCCUUGGCCUCACAUCAACACUCCAGUCCACUCUCUCAUUGCCCUUCAUUCAAACUUCAACAUACAAUCAUAUAGAUCAAUCGGUUGUAUUCACUGGAAUGAACAUUGACAUGUUCAAUGUGAUCAUUGACAACAAUGGAGUGUCCUCUGAUCACCCUCUCAAUUCAUGGAAUCAAUCAUUGAGCAUGAUCCAGUUCCAGGCCACUGGAGAGUCCAUCUUGUCCUUCACAUUGACCUCAGCCAACAACACAAUCAUUAGUAAUACUAUUACAUUACACGUUCUCAUUCCAUCGAUUACUACAGUAUUGAUCAAUGAUAACAACAGUGUCACAGUUCAAGGUAAUAACUUACUCGGAGAUCAAUGUAAUGGAUGUCUAGACUCUUGCAACUUCAUGACCUACAAUAAUGGUAUCACCAAUUAUUCAACUCCAUAUUCUUCCUUGCCAAAGUUGAUGAACGCCACUUCAAAUGGAACAUUGGUCAAUAUCAUCAAACUCGGUACCACUUGUCUAUCUUGUGCCUCCAACACCAUCUCCAACUCCCACCUCAACUCCCUCUCCUUCACCAUCUCCAUCACCAUCACCAUCUCCAACACCAUCAUCAUCACCACAACCUAA